AUGGGAAAGACUGUCAAAGAAAUCAUCGAAGAGGAGUAUGGCUCCAACCUUGACGAAUACAAGGACGAUUUCACUUCUCUCGUCAUUGAAGCUGAGGAUAUUAUCGAGUUCACUGAAGAAGACAAAAAGUAUUUAGAGAACUUCCCAAAGAUGAUUAAUCUCAUUAUUAUUUCUUGCAAACUCAAGAGUUUGAAAAAUCUCCCUGAUUGCGAAGACUUACAAAGAUUGGAACUAUCUGAUAACAAUAUCUCCGGAGAUUUAAAAGCUCUUUCCAAGUAUCCAAACCUGAAGAACUUGAAGCUCUGAGGAAACAAGAUCAAAUCUCUGGAAGACAUUGAAGAUCUGAAAACUCUUCCAAAGCUAGAGAUCCUUGACCUCAUUGAGACUCCACUUUCAGAGACAGAAGGUUAUAAGGAGAAAAUCUGGGAAAUGUUCAAGGACCUCAAGGUCCUCGACAACCUGAAUAAAGAGGGAGAAGAGUGUUUAUCGGAACUUGAAAUUGAUGGAUUUGAUGGAGAAGGAGAAGGAGAUUUACCUCUGAUGGACUUCUUAGACCCAACUAAGCUAACUGAGGAAGAGAAGCAAGCUCUUGAGAGACAAGGCAUUACAUUCAUUGAAGGUGAAGGAGAAGGAGAUGUUAUUGUCCAAAUUGGUCCUCAUGGAGAAGGAGAUGAAGAAGAGGCUGAAGGCGAGGAAGAUGAGAAAGAAGCUGAAGAAGAAGCCAAACCAGGAAAGAAGAGAGCUAGAGAAGAUGAAGCUGGAGCAGGAAAUAAAAGACAGAAGACUGAAGAGUAAGAGAAUGGAGGUUUAAGAUGUUA